CUCUCUCUCUCUCGUAUGUGUUUCCUCCCUUUGUGAAUAUAAAUCAAUCCCAUUUCCUCCUUUGGUUGAUAUCGGAUCAAUCUCACAUCCAAAAAAAAAAAAAAAAAGUCUCUUCCACGCAAGACUCUCCUCUCCUUCUUGAUCUCCUAGCUAGUGUAGUAAUUAAUGGAGUCAUUAGUUAUGACUACGCUGUUUGUUGUGCUCUCGGCUUUGCUAACACCAUCUGCUAAUUCUCUGCAAAUUCAGCUCCAAUCAUCAUAUCAUCAAACGGGCAAUGAAGUACUCCAGCAUUCUUCUCUCCCUGCACUGCCAAGGAAGCUCAAACUAUUUGAGACAACUGUUAAAGGAUAUGGAUCAGGUCAUCAAGAUUUCCAGUCAUACAAUACACAGAUUUAUAAGGAAUAUGUUGCACCUGGUGAGUCAAAGGAAAAAGAGCAAGUUGUGGUGCAUGGAAGCAAAGGGACAUGGAAAGAAUGGGUGGAAGGGGGGGACACGUCAGAGUAUUUUACGAUGGAUUAUUCCAAAGUAAGAAGACGACGUCCUGUCCACAACAAGUCCCUGCCGGUUGGUCCAUGAAACAUGGAGGAGGAUAUCGGAUUAAUUUUCAAUUAAUCCUGUUUUGUACAAGAAAUGUUAUAAUAAUUAAUUAAUUAAUUUAGGGAAUUAGAGGAAUAUGUCACUUCUUCUAUAUGCAUUGUAGCUUACAUUGCGGAGAAAAACCCUAGGACUUGUCAACUUUUUUGUUUUUAGUGGUCAAAGAUAUGGGGGUUCCGAACCAUGUGCAUGUAUCAUGUAUGCAUGCAUGUUUUUAUUAAUUACAUCCUUGAUUACAGUAAACAAUUUUUGUUAUGUGAUCAAGUGGGAGACAAUCAACCUCGAUCGGUAAACCCCAUGCAUGCAUUUGCCUGCCAUAUGUAAUUUUCGA